GGCCUCGACGUCUGGAGGCGGCAAACACCUUCACCUGCUCCACGUGCAACGAUGGCAUCUCCUUCAGACCCCGCGAAUUAACAAUGCAUUAUAAGAUCGCCCAUGGAGGCGAAGGAAGCCCCCCGAUGUUUCCAUGCAACAUGUGCAAUUUCUCCUCGCCAGUGUUCACUACGCUUCAGCAGCACCGAAUGCAACACGAGGAUUGUUUGUUCGCUUGUGAGAUUUGUGAUGACGGCGUCCAGCGAACGCUUCCCCAACUGACCAAACAUUGUCAAACCCAGCAUGCUCUAAACGGUCAAUACCACUGUCCGAAGUGCAAACUGUCCGUCUUUGAGAUUAAGCAGUUUGUGUGUCACUCGUGUUGCAUUACUAAUGGCGAUGCACAGAAAGACGAUCUCUUGAAGCACGUGACUGCUGCAUGCCGUCAAAGGUGGAGCCGCAGGAAUUGGUGGAGAAAGCGGCCACACGUCAAGCAAGACAUGUCCCAAGAGUUCAAGUUAUUACGUCCAAAACCAGAAGCGCAAUGGACGUCCCAACUGCUCCCGUUCUCCACACCCGGUCUACUGGACGACCACGGCGUCUUCGUGGAUCCAGAGAAGACCUUAGAGGAAACAAAGCAGUUUCUCGAGAGGAACAUUUGUAGUGCUAAAAACUGGCCUGUGUGUCUUAAAAGCGAGGAAGCGGCAACAACACCCCAUCCAUCAAAAACGAAUGCGAAGCGAUGCGUCACUGGGAAACAUAAGCUAAGUGGACUCGUGGAGAAAAACAAUAUAUCCAUUCCCCCAGACUGCACUACAAAGGUAAUCGGAGUCAAGAUGUUGGACGGCAAAAAGCAUUUAGUUCUCAAAGUCAUUCCUUCAAACAAGCGAGACGCUUCGAAGGAUACUCGCACUGUGAAACCUGCCGAUCAGCGAGACGAAUCCAAAGAUAUUUCAAUCGCUAAUGCCUCAGGAAACCGUUCUCAGGUGACUUUUAUAAAGCCUUCGUCCCAAAGACAGUGUGUAGCACAGCGGGACUUUUUGUCUUCGGUGUUUGAGAGGAUUAAAAGCCAACAAACAGAUGGAUGCAACAAUCAGGAACAUGCACCCAUCGAAGCACAUAUUCAAAGUCCCCGUGCAAAAACAGCGGAAGACUGUCAAGACACAUGCCAUGGAGAUUCAGGAUGCCAUAGUGAUCUGACCUCGGAUGCAAGUUCUUCGGAAGAAAGAUGUAGGUGUUCACGACUCCUUCCGACGGUGUUUGAUGAAGAACAUAAUCUUGCACUGGAUUCAAACUGCAUUAACCAUCAACCAAACACAUGCUCUAUCUCUGGGUCUGAUUGCGUGAGUCCGUCCUCUAGAUCUCCCUUGAAGGAUGGGACUGAGUCUUUGUGUCAAAGUGAAGCAGGGGGCCUGUUAUUCCAUGGCAAUGCUGACGAAUGCACAAACAACAUGGACCCCAGAGAUUCUCUGGUCCCAGUAGAAAGCCUCGCUGCUCCAGACCAGCUUCAUAUGGUGGGUGAGCUGCCUUUAACAACAGCCAUCCAUUUGCUGGAUGAGACGAGAGAGGACUGUACGUUAUCGCCUAACGUCAGCUCUGAUGAACAUCUGAAAGAUUUAACACACGCUGGAGGCACAAGCCAGCGAUCUGAUCCGGUCUCUCUCCCGCCUGAUGUUUCAAACUCUUCCACAUCUGCAUCAGUUUCUGGAUCCAGCUCGUCAGUCGUCCCUCUCGCAUCGCUCAACAGAAAGCGCAUGGUGGAAACGUCCUCGGCUGACCCUCCCAUCAGUAAAUCCCAGAAGCGAUCGGAAGACUCUGUCCUCUUCUGGGAGCCGGUGUCUCGAGACGCUUCGGUGACUCUUCGACUGAUUCCCUACAGCGCUUCGCAAUCCGUUAAAAUCCCUCGCGACGACCAGCCCGUCAUAGUCCUCAACCAUCCCCACACUGAUAUCCCCGAAGUCACAAACAUCAUGAAAGUGGUUCACAAGCACAAAGGAAAUGUGCAAAGUGUCGUACUUUCUCGUAAAACUCUCCGAGCUCUUUCCGAGUUCAACUGCGAAUCCUUUCGCCGUAAUUUCGUCGCUGCUUGCCACGCAUCCCACCGCGGGAGAGAAUGGCCAAACGGGACGGUUAAAGAACGGUUCGGCUUGAAACUGAGGCUGAGAAGAGUGUGUGGAAGAAAGUACACCGUAGUACCGACGGUGUCAGAAAGCAUCGUUCUUCAGCCGACGUUUAGAUGCUGGUUCUGCGGGCGGCUUUUCACAAACCAGGAAGCUUGGGUGGGACACGGACAGAGACAUCUAAUGGAAGCAACCAGAGGCUGGAACCAGCUCUUCCACAGAUAGAAAUGCAUUCAUCUUUAUUUUUAAGAAGGGUUUCUGUGUGCAUCUCAGGGUGAGAAAUACACAGUCGUGGUCCAAAUAUAUUUCAUUCUUUACAGUAAUAAACCCUUGUCGGUGACUGACUCUUUCAAGUUGACACGAGCAAGCAUUAUUUAUUUCGCUCCACGAUGUGAAAACAUGCAGUGCAUUAUCUAAUAAACUAAAAAUCACUGUUUUGAGACAGUGUUUGUUUAUCUCAGGUGAUAUUCCACUCAACAUCAGUUUGUCUUAAUACUUUAUGUAGUUUUGCAUUAUUUUAUUGCUUUAUUUUGGUGUGUGUCAUUUAACCAUUAUUAUACUUUGUUGCUUUGUUACUAAUCAUCUCCUAUGAGGCUUUGUGAUUGAAAUGUUUACAGAAAUUGUUGAUUGUCUUUGUAGUAGGCUACACAUCUGGUGUAGCGUCCUCUGUUCAUCACAUUACCAGUAUAUUUAUCAUUAUAUUUGUCAUUAGUUUAAACUCUUGUAUGCAAGAGCAUAUGUUGACGCAGCAUUGCUGAAAUUAUGUUUUGUAUUUAUGCAAAUUGUCUGUAUUUAUUUUUUCAGCGUGCUGUUAAGUCACAUGGGUUUGAUUAAGGGUUAAACCUUACAUCUAUCUGAGUGUAUUAUAAAAAAAAAA